UUUUAAUUUUUAUUUUUUUUUAAUUUUUAUUUUUUUAAUUUUUUUUUAUUUUUAUUUGUAUUAUUUUUUUAAAUUUAAUUUUAUUUUUAUAUUUUUAUUUUUUUUAUAUAUUUGUUUUUGUACUUGUACAUACAAAAAUAUUUGUUAGAAACCCCUGUCGCAUCCACACACACCUCGCUUUGACUCUACGCUUUAAGUAGUGUCCUGCCACUUGUUUCCUUCCACAUGAGCGCUCAACGCUUAACAAGCAACCGCAUAUAAAUAAAAUACGCGUAAUAACGCUUAAUGCACUCUCAAAAACUCUUACACACCCACACACACAUACAAAUGUACAUUUUCACAGAAACGGCAUACAUUUUUGCUUUGCAAUUCAAAGGGAAAACAACAAAAUUAAAAGUAUAUAUAUAUAUAUCGCCGAGAUAUCUGUGCAAAGUUGUUGUUGCAGUGCAUCAAAGAAACAAAAAAUGAAAUGAAAAGAAACAAAAAUAUGAAGAAAAAAACAAAAAAACAUAGACGAAAUGUGGUAUGUUAGUUACACUUAAACAUAAAUAUGGAUGAAUGGAUGAAUAUAUAGUUUUUUAUAGUUUAUACUUACUAUAAUUAUAUGGACUACUAUAAUAUAACAAUUAUCAUUAACGCUAUUAUGAUUAAUUAUGCAGUUAAAUUUAUUUAAUUAUGUGUAUAUUAUAUGCACACAUGCCUAUAUGCACUUGUAUGUAUAUAUGUAUGUGUCUGUGUCGUCGUUGCAGCAAAAUCAAACUCCUUUCCAGCAUUUCAUAAACACACUUCUUGUUAAAGCUCCAGCAACAUAGAAUUCUAAUUUUGUUUCAUCCUCUCUUCAGUUCAACAAUUAGUUCUUCUGUUACACUUUCACACUUAGCAAGUUCCAAUUGCAAGCGAAAGUUUUGUAAAAAAAUAUGAAAAAAAAAAAUAUUUUUUUGUUCUUCGUUAAUUUUUUUUUCUCAGCUAAUACUUUUUCCACAUUGUUUAUUAGCAGCCAGCAGCAGCGUUUCAAAUAACGAAAUUAUAAUAAAAACGAAAUUUGCGAAAGCAAAGAUAAUAGAAAAAAAAAAUCAACACAUCAGAAGCAAGAGAAGAACUUUGUAUUUUAAAGUUUUAUUUACGUCUCCAUAUAUAAAUAAAUAAAUAAAUAUAUAUAUAUAAAAGUAAAUUUAUAAAGUGGAAAGAAGAAAAAGUAAUAAAUUAAAUAAUAGUUUUUAAUAGUUUUUAAACAAAAAACAAAAGUGUUUUAUAUUUCAAAAAACUCUGCAGCGGAGAUCUAAAGUGUAGUCUUUCCUAAAAUGAAAGCCCUUUCUUUGUCUGACCUGUCAUAACGAUUUUUACAGCCUAUAGCAUGCAGUUGGAUAUAGUAAACUUUGUAUCGUUGACAGUAAAGUGCCUUCGUUUAACUAUAGUCAUCUACGGCAUAGGAACGUAACAAUGGCGAUUAUUAUGCUUACUAGAAGUGGACUAGGAUUUACUUAAUUGAAUUCCAAUUAAUAACUAUAAGACUUUCAUCCCUUGAAUGCAGACACUGGAGACUGGAUCUCUUUCUUGCCUCCCUCCCAGUGAAUGUUGUCCUUGGAGUCAAAUCACCACCCAUAACAGACAAACAGUUCGAGUUGCCACAUGAAACCAGAGAUCUCCUACUUAUCCAGACUGAACUCCGACCUACAGAAUCAAUGUCGUGCAAGCAGUGAGUUCCGCAUGACACUAAUCACCUCUUUGCAUACCCAACGAACCCAACUCAUCUAACACCCCUUUCCCUUUGGUCCGACCCCAUCGAAACAGCACGAUUCCUGGGCCUUCCGUUAGAUGACCUCGAACUCGACGACAACUAGACCUGUUGUAACGGUUGAAGUUGUUCUAUAUGGUCAACUAGCCAGUGUUUUUGAACUCAAUCCAUAAAAGUAAACUCAGACAGCCAAAUAAUAGCAACAAAGUGGUUGCAGUCGUUCAUCGGGUAUAUGUGUGUAAAUUCAUUCAUUUCGAUUACAAAGUCUAAACUAAUAGGGAAUGGUAUGGAUCCAAUAAGUAUUGAGGUAAAUUAGUAAUUUAUUCUGGAUUUGUAGAUAUUCCGUCAAUUAGAAAAGCGCCCACCCGACACGAAUCGAAAAAAAUUUCAUAGAAAAAUGUCGAUGCGUCAUUAAAAUGAAGCUUUCUGGUUAAGAAAUUAGUCGAAGUAUGUAUAUUCUUUUUUGAAUAUUUCUAGAAUAGUCCAAAGUCAUUUCCUUUGAAAACCAUAUAAUUUGGGGUGAGAAUGGUAUGCGCAAAAUUUUGGCCAAAACACACAUUCGCAAUACGCCAACCACUUCCUCAUAGGUGAGUAUGUAUAUAAAUAUACCGGUAACAGGAAAGUGUUAAUUUUGUGUCUGAGAACUUGAAAUAUGAUACGACUUAAAAAGAAUUAUACCAUGCUGCCCAUUUCACUACGACACACAUUUAAACAAAUGAAAAUGUAUACCACACAUCAGAAUUUGGUCGUCAAGGCAACCAUUUAUGGUCAAAACAAAUGUUAGUAGUGCCAUUGAGGUUCCCAAAGGUGCUACAGUGAGAAAUCACAGUCACUCGAUUUCAAUCGUCGAACCAAUAACAAGUAAAUUUUUCACAUUGUCAAAAUGUCUACCGAGGAUUCAUGGGUCUUGGAUUCGUUGGUGUGCUUCUUGCAUGGACCCGUUUGGAAUGCGCCACUACAGACUUUCAUAGAGGAAAAAUCGUUAGUCUUCGAUCCCAAUAUGCAAAUCAGUGAGGAUAGUCCGGAUAUUGUGGUGAUUCACAAUGAGUAUAAGAAUCUGGUGGACUACAUGUUGGGCAGUUUCAUGGAGGAAAUGCAAAUUACGCCGGAACAAUUUGAGACUGCCUGCAUGGAAGGUCGAAACCCGGACAAUCAUUUGCACUUUCACCAGGGACUCUUUCAGCAGAUAUGGGCGGCCAAUGAUAUAAAGAUGUUCAUACGCAUGAUGACCCAACGCAAUGUAGAGUUGCAGCUGCAAGCUUUGGAUCUGAUAGAGAAAAAUCAAUUGGCGCUGCUGCAGGAAAGCGAGGCGGUUGACAAUGCUAGUCCCACUGAAAGCAGCAGUUCACAUUGCGAGAAGUAUGACGAGGUCGAGGAUUUAAUAGCAAAAUCUGUUGAGAAAGAACUUGGAAGUCCCGAGGCGGCUGUCACGCCUGAGCCGGAGAGUGCUGAAGCCAGCGUGAGUGAUAAGUUUGAACGUCUCAAUUUGUUCUUCGAUAACCAAAAGGUCAACCCCGAAGAUGUUGUGUCGCGUCAGGAAUAUUUACGUCAGCAACGUGAUAAAAUUGUUGAGAUCAAAAAGAAGACACGCGCCAAACAGCUGCUGGAAACGGUGGCACGUAGAAGUGCCUCAGAGCCCAUGCCAACCGGACGUCCAUCAUCGGCACAAGUGGCACAAAGGUUGCUGGAGAAUGGUGGCAAAACUACGGAGCUGCUGGAUAAAGCGUCUGCAGAAGAAGCAGUCGGUGAGUCACAGAACUCAGCUUUGCAGUUACGUAAGACUUUAGCCAAACGCUUGCGUGCCGAAGUCGUGGAACAACAGUAGAUUUGUAAUUGAAUAUAUGCAACACAGAAGAACACUUGUACUUUUUUCAUAUUCUAAUGCAAAAUAGAUAAACAUAAAAAUGGCAUAAGUCAAUAUAAAGA